UUCACAGCGGGACGCGAUGCUUCGCAUGUUCUCGAAGCGAGAGAGCAACAACUCGAUCACCGUCUCCUCCAAGCAUCAAUCUCGCUCUGGCAUCUGCACCGACGAAGAUGAUCCCACCACAGAGUUCCCUGCGCUGGUGCUACAGCUGGCAGUCGCCGAAGAAAAGCUCAAGUGCGCUUCAAGCCUCUUGGUGAAACAUAGCAACGCCCUCGCAGAGGUGCUCCAGACCACGACAGACAUCAAAGCACUCACGUCCACACAGUUUCAACCCCGAGAUGGCGCUUCCAACACGACUGCCCUCGCGCGUGAACAAAAGCUGUUCUCCGACAGUGUGGCCAAAUUCCGCACAACAGCGAUCGCGCCACUCCAAGCCCUCUUGUCAUCGUUUCCCCAGCUCAAACAUCGCAUUGACCACCGCAAGAGUGCGUUGGGCACGUGGCGGCGAUAUCAGAAGAAAGUCGACGACAUGGCUGCCAAAGAUGACUCGAGCGCGAGGCUUCACAGAAAUCGAUUGAAGUGUAUGGCGGCCCAAGAACGCUUCCAGCAGCUGGAUAAAGACGUCCAGCGUGAAAUGGGGCACGUUCUGUCACUCGACCUGGGCAUGCUCAUUGAUGUCCCCAUGUUGCAGCUCGCGGAUGCGCAGCAAUUGUGGGCUGCCACCAUGCAGUCGUCAGCCGCCCACUUGCGCAGUUUCAUCGCGUCCGCACCCCCUCAGCCGCCAACGCCGCCGCCUUCCCCGCCCCGGCCUCCGCAUCCAACGUUGGUUCAAGCCACCAUCAGACAACCCGGUUGCUGUGCUUCCACGUCAGACGAAGACAACAAUAUGCGCUUGUCUUUCAAACACCAGCACUCGUCCAUGGAUGGCGGGGGUGAUUCGGACGAGCCCGAGGCGCUCAUCUCCAUCAAACUGCCGCCACGGAUGGGCCGUGGGGUGGCAGAAGACGACGUGAACGUGUUGGACAAAGCCCGGUCGAUGCGCCCCAAGAAACAACAUACCAUGGGCACGCGCACGUGGCAUAUGCACCAGCACGCCAAGCAGUCGUUAGCGCAAGGCUUGGACGUCCUGGACGCGGUCAAACUUCCGCCAGGGUUCGGCCGUGAAGAGUGGGUUGCUGUGCAUGCGCAGGACUUUUUUAACGAAGUGUCGCUCCUGUACGGCACCAUUUCGGAGUUGUGCACGCCCGCGACGUGCCCGGAGAUGAGCGCCGGCCCGUGCUACACGUACCUAUGGGCCGACGACAACGGGGGGACCCCCGCCCCGUGCUCGGCGCCGGCGUACGUGACCAAGCUCCUCAUGUGGAUCGACGGGCAGUUGGGGGACCCGGAUGUGUUUCCAGACAGCGGGUUUGAAUCGAACAAGGCGUUUGCGGUCGUGUCGCGCAACAUGUUUAAGCGCCUCUUUCGCGUGUACGCGCACAUUUUCCACAGUCACCUGCCCGACUUUGCCGCGUUGCAUGCGGAGAGUCACUUGAACUGCAGUUUCAAGCGGUUUGUGUCGUUCGUGCUCGAGUUUGACCUGGUCGAAGCCAAGGAACUGAACGCGCUGCGCAAAUUGAUCUGCGACGCUGUGCCGGGAAAGCUUUAACACGAAUGCAAACACGGAUGUUUUGCUAG